UAAAAUGCCCGAACUCAAAACACUUCUUUUUCCAAGAUGGCGUCGAUGAAGGACAGCGACACUGGUCUGUGGCUUCACAACAAACUGGGCUCCACAGACGAGCUGUGGACGCCGCCGAGCAUCGCGUCGCUUCUCACCGUCUCCGUCAUCGACAACAUUCGCCUCUGCUUCUCCAGCUUGUCGCCGCCGGUCAAACUCAAACUACUACUCGGGAUGCUCCAUCUUCCCCGGCGGACCGUGGACGAGAUGAAAGAGGCCCUCUCAGAAAUAAUCCAGCUGGCCACAGUGGACUCUGAGCCCUGGGUGCUGAUGGUUGCCGACAUACUCAAGUCCUUCCCAGAGACGGGCUCUCUCAAUUUGGACUUGGAGGAGCAGAAUCCAAAUGUGCAGGACAUUCUCGGAGAGCUCAGGGAGAAAGUGGGAGAGUGUGAGGCAUCAGCCAUGCUUCCUCUUGAGUGCCAGUACCUAAACAAGAGUGCAUUGACCACGUUGGUGGGACCCCUUACACCACCCGUUAAACAUUUCCAACUGAAGAGGAAGCCCAAGAGUGCGACUCUCAGAGCUGAGCUAUUGCAGAAAUCCACAGAGACAGCACAGCAGCUGAAGAAGACUGCCGGAGUACCUUUUCAUGCCAAAGGGAGAGGACUAGUCAAAAAAAUUGACACGACAACGCCUCUCAAGGGGAUUCCCAAGGCUCCAUUCCGCAGCCCCACAGCACCGAGUAUGUUUAGCCCCCCCAGCAACCGCACACCCAUUGCCCCUGCACGCACGCCGCUGCGCAAGGAGCGUGGGGUCAAGCUCUUAGAUAUCUCUGAGCUGAAUAUUGUCGGACCUGGAAGAGAAGCGAAAAGGAGAAGAAAGACCAUCGACACUGAAGCCGAUGAAAAAGCAGCCAAAGAAGAAGCAGUGGUGGAAAACACCACACCGGAUUAUGCUGCUGGCCUCGUCUCUGCACAGAAACUGGGGGCACUGAACGAGAAUCCUCUGCCUUCAACCAGCUACCUACCAGCCACGCCCAGCAUGGUUCCAUCUUCCUCCUACAUUCCCAGCUCCGAGGCACAGCCAGCCAAUGCAGGCGGGUCAGUGCGGGAGACUCUUCAGUCGGCUCGCCAGCCAGAAGAGUCGGCGACAGCAGGCGCGGGCACCGCUGCUGCCACCCUCCCGGGCCAAUACAAGCAGAGGACACCCAUGUACAAUGCUAACACCGCCACCAACCCAGCCACCCCGACAUCCCCCAGCACGCCGGCUUCCACCCCUGCCAGCAACGGACCACCGGCUGCCGCCACUGCCGGCCAGCCCGAGACGCCCACCCAGCCACCUAACACACCUCAGACACCCACACCAACACCAGCCCCCACACCAACACAGCCUCAGCCCAAAAAGAAUCUGUCACUCACGAGAGACCAGAUGUACGCGGCUCAGGAGAUGUUCAAAACGGCCAACAAAGUCACCAGACCAGAGAAGGCCCUCAUCCUUGGCUUCAUGGCAGGAUCCAGAGAAAACCCAUGCCCAGAGCAGGGUGACAUCAUUCAGAUCAAGCUGAGCGAGCACACAGAGGUUUUGCCCAAAGCGGACGGCACAGGUAGCACCACCAUGCUGGUGGACACGGUGUUUGAAAUGAACUACUCCACAGGCCAAUGGACCCGCCUCAAGAAGUAUAAACCUAUCACCAACACCUCAUGAGGGGUGCAACAGGUGGACUUUACUUUGCUUACAUUGGCUGAUUCGUUUACGCCCAUUAAUGAAUUUGAAUCCACGGGCCGAAUCAAGCAGCUGGUGCACACGUGCAGAAGAAUGUUUGGCUUGAUUUCGUUAUUUUUCAGUUUUGUCGCCCAGCAGGCAGUUUUAACGUUAUGUAAAAAACAUCUUUUGUAUGAAUGUGUCACUCAGAGUGCUGUCUGUUUGGAAACAAUAUUUUUGGCCUUCUUUUCCUCCCAGGCUAAAGGAAGACAAAGUGACAACUGACUGUUAAUACUAUGGUCAUUUGUGUGAAUAAAUGUAAAAUAAUUCCAA